UUUUAUUUAUAUUUAAUUUUGUAUAUUCCUCUAGAUUAUAAUGUUUUAGAUGGUCGUGCCAUCUUUUUAUUUUUUAAAUGUAGUUUUAUUCUCUCAAAAUUUAAAUAACAGUUAGUUUAAAAUGAAAAUUCCUAAUUAUUCUUCUAAAAAAUCGAAUAAAACUUCAAUGUGUGAACAAUUAUGUAUAAUAUAGUGUAGAAUUUUGUCGAUAUGGAUCCCGUUGGUGUGAUUCGUCCUCUGCCUCCAGAAGUCAUAAAGAAAAUCGCAGCUGGAGAGAUAAUAGCUAGACCUAGCUCAGCAAUAAAGGAGCUGAUAGAGAAUAGUAUAGAUGCAGGAGCCACUGAGAUUCGCGUUAACCUAGGCUCAAACCCUCUAGAUUUUUGUGAAAUUAUAGACAAUGGUUCCGGAGUCUCGGAACAGGAUAUGUUGAUAAUUUGUCAGCGUUACACUACUUCUAAGACAACAAACUCAAUUGAAGGUGUAAGAAGUCUGGGUUUCAGAGGGGAAGCACUCUCAUCUCUGUCCCAGAACGCCCACGUUACCAUUUCCUCUAGAACUGAAAGUGAUGCUAUGAGAACAAUAAUGACUUAUUCAGAAUGUGAGCCUGUUUUAGAUGAGGUGAGAUAUGAGGAUGGACCCGUAGGCUUCCACCUCAAGUAUGAAAACCUGUUUUACAACUAUGAAAUUAGGUCUAAAAGUCUCCUCUCCAAUAUUAACUCUGAAUUUAUCUCUUGUUUACAUUUGGUACAAAAAUAUUCAAUUCACUUUCCAAAUAUUAAUUUCGUCUUCAAUAGAACUAAUUCAUCUAUUCUAGAUCUAAAUAAUGUCUCCUCUCAACAGAGUUCAGGUUCUGGCUCAGGAGAUUCCUGUUCUAGCCAGCCUAAUUGUAAUUUUAGUACCUCCUCUAGAUUCGACGACUGUGAUUCAUCAGAUGAUGAACUUGAAAUAACACUAACUCAGAAACUUGAUUAUGAUUAUCAGUAUUUUACGAAAAUGUAUGAUAACCCAGAAAAUGACGACCUUAGAACUGAGUACAUUAGAAACGUAGAUAAGGUUAGCUUCUCUUGUUUGAGGGUUAUUAGAGAAAACAUAAAGAGAAUUUAUGGAUUAAAAGUUAGUAAUGUUUUACAGGAAGUUGUUUUUAACAACUUUGAUAAUUUGUUCUUCAACUGCAAGGGACUCAUCUCACAUCCAAAUCAGCCCUGUAAACUUGAUAUGUUCAUAUUAUUCGUCAACAACCGUUUAAUCGAUUUGCCUCAUUUAAGGAGGAUGAUUUUUAGCAGUUACAAUGAUAUUAGUAACAAUAGGUAUAGGAGAUUCGUCUAUUUAUCCAUUUUCAUUCCCUAUGACAAAAUCGACUCUAACAUUCAUCCUACCAAAAAGAAGAUAAUGAUCGAAAACCAAGCUGAAAUUGUUGACCAAAUUAUAAAGUUCUUCCACGAGAAAAUCACUGAUCUCAUUAAGUCUGCAACCACCUCUACAUCCUCUGGAACCUCUAUUAAAAUCAUACAAGAUUAUAAAUCCUCAUCAGAAUUUACUAACAAGUUUAAGGAGAGGGGAGUCAAGAGACAGGCUGAUAUAUCCUAUUUCAACAGUCAGAUAUAUGAAACUGCACCUGGUACUGACUUUAUCGGGAUAGUCGAUUACCACAGCUCAGGAUCAGACGGUGAAGGUGUUCGAGUAGUACCUGAGGUACUAGAAAGUCCUGAUAGGGAGAAGUUCUUUCUCCCUUACUACACCACCACAACUGCCGCAGGGAGUCCUGUACUCACUGAAAUCGAAACUCAAGCUAACGAUAAAGUCCCACCAAAUCUAUUCGACUCUCAAGAUUCUGCAGACUUAUGUGACUCAAGUCAAGUUUCGAAUCCCAUUCAUUCUACUCAUCUAUCUCACACCUUUCGCCCAACUCACUUGUGUCAUACAUUAAAUUCUUCUGGUGUAAAGUUCAAAUCUCAAGAGUUAGAGUCUGAGAAUGAUUGCGGAUUAGAGUUUGAGGAGGAAGCUGAAGAAAACGAGUUUCAAAAUGACCCCAAUCUGAUUGAAAGCUUUGAUUACAACAGACUAAGAAUUGAGAAAAUGCAGCAAAUCAGCAGUCUCUCCUACAACCAAAUCGAUGAUAAUAAAAAGCUUGGCAGAUUCUACACCAUGGAGGAAGUUCAAACGAUUAUUGACGAGAUAAUCCAGAAUAAGGAUGAGGAUUUGACCAAGGUUUUUUUGGGCUCAAAUUACAUUGGUGUUGUUGACAGAUCUUACGUCUUAGUUGAGCACGAAGGAACCUUAUAUAUGGUGAACAUUCUAACAGUAUCAAAAGAGUGUUGUUAUCAGAGUAUUAUUUGGCGUCUUGGUAAUAUUCCAACCUAUGAGCUGAGUAUCCCUGUUUCAUUACAUAAGCUACUUGCUCACGCCAUUCACAAGUAUUACGCUGAGGCUGAGGUUUCUGAUCUUCUCGAUCCUACGAUUAUUAAGAUACUCAAUGUCUUCUUUGCGUUCGAAAUUAAGGAUAUGAUCCUUUAUAAGAUUCCCGACUUGUUAAAUGGGUAUUUUUCUGGAGAAGAGUAUUUGCCAGACCUGAUGUACAGUAUUUUCAAUAUUAAGGAGCAAUUUGUCAAGGACGUUGUGGCGAAAAUUGCCAAAACAAUUUCUUUUUAUUAUGUCCAGCCACCUCUUGAUUUAGCUGAGUACCUUUUAGUCAACUCUAUUCUCACAAUAACUCGGAUGCUAUUGACUGUAACUAUGAGCAGUUUAUGCAUAGAAUUUUGUACUCUACUUGUCAGAAGUUCCUUGACCUCUCGAUUCCACAACGGUUCAAUAACAACGGCGCAUUUAUCAAAUUAUCUAGCAUGAACGUUUUAUAUAAGAUUUUUGAACGUUGUUAAUAUAUUUUGAACUUUAUUUUGAAAGGUGUUAAUAUACAUUGAACUAUACAUAUUUUAAAGUUGUUAAUUUAUCAUAUAAUUCCA